AUGACACUUGCAAAAAUAGCAUUCAGUGUUAUUGGAAUAUAUACAUGUUUUCUCACCUGGGGAAUUUUACAAGAACGUGUUUCGACCACUUCAUAUGGAGAUAAAGAAACAAGAUUUAAAUAUUUCUUUUUUCUUAAUACGAUUCAAGCAUUUACAGCAUCGAUUGUAGCAAUAAUUUAUAUAAAAUUUAGUGGAGAAAAUCUUGGAAAAGUUAAUUCAAUUAUAUUAUUUAAAUUUUUACAAGUAUCAUUUCUUGGAGUUAUAGGAUCACCAAUUGGAUAUGAAAGUUUAAAACAUAUUGAUUAUCCAACUUUUGUUCUUGGAAAAUCUUGUAAGUUAGUACCAGUAAUGUUUAUGAAUAUAAUUCUUUAUAAAAAAAAAUUUCCAAUUUAUAAAUAUAUUGUUGUUACAUUAAUUACAAUUGGAAUAACAAUUUUUACAUUACUUCAAAAAACUUCGGAAAAAAAGAAAUCAUCAGAACCUAGUUCAUUUUAUGGUAUAAUAUUACUUACAAUUAAUUUAUUAAUUGAUGGAAUUACAAAUUCUACUCAAGAUCAAAUGUUUAAUAAGUAUAAAAUUACAGGAAAACAAUUAAUGUUUUAUAUGAAUUUAUUUAGUGGAAUUUUAAUGAGUUUUUGGUUAUUAAAUCCUUUUAAUAAUGAACUUUUUAAUGCUUUAACAUUUUGUAAAAAUUAUCCUAAUAUAAUUAUAGAUAUUUUAUUAUUUUGUUUAUGUGGAUCAUUAGGUCAAUGUUUUAUAUUUUUUACUUUACAUAAUUUUGGAUCAUUAUUUUUAGUUACUAUAACUGUUACUAGAAAAUUUUUUACG